UCAAAUCGCAAGGUCCAGUUUUAGAACGCGGCGAUUUAACUAUUCCUCUUCAGCCAAUCACAGCACAGAACAACUUGUACGUCACGGCCUUACUCCGUCCAGGUACCGUACUGUCCACUCCACACAAAUAUCCGAAGAUGGCAGACUUCUGGUCCGAGGAGAGGGAGGAAAUAUUAAUUUGGUUGUUGGAGGAUCAACCUGUGUUGUACGAUGUUGCCAGCAAGGGGUACAGCAACAGGGACACCAAGAGGAGAGCCUGUUGUGAGAUUGCGGUGGCAAUUGGUGUAUCCGAAAAAGAGGUGGGAAAGAAAAUCCACUCCCUCAGGACUCAGUACAAUCGGUACAGCAAGGCACCAGCUUCGGGGAGUGCCGGUAGGAGAACUGGCAGGCAGGACUGGGUUCUCAGGAGGCUCUCUUUCCUGGAGCCAUAUAUAAGGAAGAGAGCUUCUUCUUCCAACGUGAAUGAAAAGAUUGUUGAAAGAGAGAAUGAUGUGGAGGGACUGGACGAGGAAGAGGACGUGGAAGAGGACGUGGAAAUAGAGGAGAGCAGUGAACCUGAGGGACAAGGCAGCACCUGCCUUGUCCCUCAGGUUCAGACGCAGGCGUCUAAUCGUUCUGUCACAGGCAGUAAAAGAAAGAGGCAAGAAAAGCAAGAAGAUGAGAUGCUAACUGCAGUUGGCAAUUUUCUUAAAAACAGGACGGAACAGAGGGAGGAGGACACAAUUUCAGUCUUUUGUAGGAACCUCGAGAUGAAAAUGAGGCGAAUCAAGGACCCAAAUAUUUUAUUCGAUUUAGAGCACCAGCUGGAGGAAGCCUGCUACCAGGCUUCACUCAAAGAUAGAGACAUGCAAGCCCCCCCCCCCCAAGCCUCUCACACCUAUUAUUACCCCCAAACAUAGUCACUUUGAAUUCGGCCAUUUUAUAUUAAUCGCUAAAUUUGUUUUAUUCAUUUUUAGAUAUUUAAUUGGUUAUUGCAAAUUUGAA